GCACAUGACUGUCUUCCCUGAAUCCUUAGUACUGGGUGACAACAAUCAUGCAUCGAAAGUUAAUUACUGUAUAUCAAGGUUAUAAAUUCCUGCUUUCUGGCCGUCGCAUUAAUCAACUUCCACAAAAAUGCGUGUUAAGGUCAUCGCUGAUCGGCCACAGUCGAUUCCUCAGCUCCAGCCAGUCGUCUGAGGGAGAUGGAGGCUCGCGAGCAUCUCCUGCGACAGCCAAGGACCAGAGCCAAUCAGAGGUCAAGGAAUCUAAAGAUGCAGUAAGGGAGGAGGCCAAAGAGGUACAGAGAGACGACCAGCUCCAUGCAGCAGUGGUAGGGGAACCCCAGCUCCAUGCAACAGCGUUGGGGGAAAUACAGGUCCAGGCAGCAGCGGUAGAACCAGUAGGGGAACCCAAGCUCCAUGCAACAGCAGUAGGAGAACCAGUAGGGGAACCCCAGCUCCAUGCAACAGCGAUAGGAGAACCACAGGUCCAGGCAGCAGUGGCUGGAGAACCAGUAAGGGAACCCCAGCUCCAUGCAACAACGGUAGGGGAACCACAGGUCCAGGCAGCAGCGGAACCGGUACAAGAACCCCAGCUCCGAGAUGCAGCCGUUGAGGAACCGGUUGGAGAACUGCAGGUCCAGGCAGCAGCGGAACCGUUAGGAGAACCCAAGGGCCAGGCAGCACCAGUAGAAGAACCACAGAUCCAGGCAGCAGCGGAACUGUUAGGAGAACUGCAGGUCCAGGCAGCAGCGGAACCGUUAGGAGAACCCAAGGUCCAGGCAGAAACAGUAGAAGAACCACAGAUCCAGGCAGCAGCGGAACCGUUAGGAGAGCCCCAGGUCCAGGCAGCAGCCGAACCGCUAGGAGAACCCCAGGUCCAGGCAGCACCAUUAGGGGAACCGCAGGUCCAGGCAGCAGCGGAACAGUUAGGAGAACCCCAGGUCCAGGCAGCACCAUUAGGGGAACCGCAGGUCCAGGCAGCAGCGGAACAGUUAGGAGAACCCCAGGUCCAGGCAGCACCAUUAGGGGAACCGCAGGUCCAGGCAGCAGCGGAACAGUUAGGAGAACCCCAGGUCCAGGCAGCACCAUUAGGGGAACCGCAGGUCCAGGCAGCAGCGGAACAGUUAGGAGAACCCCAGGUCCAGGCAGCAGCGGAACCGUUAGGAGAGCCCCAGGUCCAGGCAGCAGCCGAACCGCUAGGAGAACCCCAGGUCCAGGCAGCACCAUUAGGGGAACCGCAGGUCCAGGCAGCAGCGGAACAGUUAGGAGAACCCCAGGUCCAGGCAGCAGCGGAACCGUUAGAAGAACCUCAGGUCCAGGCAGCAGCGGAACCACUAGGAGAACCCCAGGUCCAGGCAGCACCAGUAGAAGAACCACAAAUCCAGGCAGCAGCGGAACUGUUAGGAGAACCGCAGGUCCAGGCAGCAGUGGAACCGUUAGGAGAGCCCCAGGUCCAGGCAGCAGCCGAACCGCUAGGAGAACCCCAGGUCCAGGCAGCAGCGGAACCAUUAGGAGAACCUCAGGUCCAGGCAGUAGCGGAACCGUUAGGAGAACCUCAGGUCCAGGCAGCAGCGGAACCGUUAGGAGAACCCCAGCUCCGUGAUGCAGCGGCGAUGGCAGCUGUGUCUCAGGUUGCCAUGGGGGCGGCUCGCAACAUGGCUGCCACUCCUCAGGCAGAGAGCAGCCCAGCUGCAGCGCAGGAGAAGAAGGCAGACAGCGGGAAGAAGAGUCUCCUGGACUUACUGGGUGCCAUGAAGGUUGAAGUGACGACCAAGCGGAAAGCCAGGACACCACGUCCUCCUCAGUCAGAGCAGCCAAAGAGGAGCCAGGACAUGCCAACAAAACCUGUUGCAAGGGAGUCAACCAAGGUGAUGUUUCAGGAGGCCUCAGCAGCAGCAGCAGCAGCAGCAGUGGAGGAGAAUGUGCAGAAAGAAACAGGCUUAGCCCCUGAGCUGGUUGCCGCAGCAACAGCAGCUGCUUCCACACUGCCUAAUCGUAGCGAGGCAACCUCAGAGUUGCUCCAGCAACUAAGACGCCAUGAAGCCCAGACACACACCCAGCAGCAAGCAGGAGAGAGUAUCAGCAACAUCAUCGCUGAUAUGAAGGUGGGUAAACGAGGCAACGUACGCCCCGAUACUCGACCAGCCGGUCAGAUCCGUUUUGAUGAGGAUGGGCAGGGCUUCACACAUGAUAGAGGCAUCACCGGUGAACUGGAUGGAGUUCGCCGCAGAAAGAGUAACCUCAGUGGUAGGCGGAUAAAUAUCUUCACCACAAAGCCUGAGGAUUCACCAGCUCCUGAUGCAGGCCUGUCGCUAUGGGACCUUGAUUUGGUCAAUCGCAUAGCCACGGGAACCAGUCAGUAUCCACGGAAUGGAUUUGAUGAGAUGCUGCUCUGGACCAAGCAAGGAUCAUUUUGGCAGUAUCCAAUCAACAAUGAGGCUGGUCUGGAAGAAGAGUCGUCUGUACCGUUUCAUGAGCACGUGUUCCUGGAGAAGCACCUCUCAGAAGGGUUUCCAUCGCAGGGACCGGUGCGUCACUUCAUGGAACUGGUGGUCGCUGGACUGGCCAAGAACCCCUACCUCACAGCCAAUCAGAAGCAAGAGCACAUAGCCUGGUUUCGAGGAUACUUCCAGGAGAAGCAGGGGGUUCUGGAGGAGGCAGAGGGGUACGGCAGCUGAGGAACUUUAAGGGAGAAAUUGGGGAACUUGAAUACAACACAAGUUCAGGAAUUAGAUCAAUUCUAUCAUUAUAUCAAUUAGGGGGAGACACAUUCAGAAACCUUUCACAAAACAGGUCAAAGUCUAAUCAAUGGCGACAAACACCACAACAUAUGGGAGAACUUUAAAAUAUGUGAAACAAAAUACAAGUAACCGUUUCAAAAAGCCUUUCCAUUGGACACUUUUCCAGCAGUGUAAAUAUGCAUCGGUACAUAACUCCUCCUGCUCACUUGAAUAAGAUGCACACUUGUAUCAGCCACAUUGUCAUGUUCAUUUCAGAGCCCAGAAAAACAACUAAUCUAUUAGUUUCCCAUUUUCUGACGUGAGCGGCUGUGUGAGUAACCAUAAUACAAUGCUUUGACCUAGGCGCAGCAUGUGAAUGUACAUUUCUGUUCUCAUGUAGGCUAGUGUUGUUAUUUGAACUACCUUGUACAUUGAACAUUAAACGGGUCUACAUCCCCCCCAUUAACCAGUCAUGAUAAAUGUGUGUUGGCGGUUACAAUGAAUCCAAUAAAUAUAAUAGUUAUUUUUCACCAUGA